AUGGUGUCAGUGAACAUCCCGGGCAUAGUCGGUAUCAUCUGCUUCUACCUUUUUAUCCUCGGUGUGGGACUUUGGGCGGCACGAAAGUCAAAGAAGCCCUCCUCGGCUACACGAAAUCCACAGAAUACCGAUACACCUGAGGGGGGUGGAAUGACCGAUUCGGAGGACGUUAUGCUGGCAGGUAGAGACAUCGGUCUCUUCGUUGGGGUCUUCACCAUGACUGCCACAUGGGUGGGUGGAGGAUACAUCAACGGGACAGCAGAGGCUGUCUACGAUCCACUGCAAGGUCUCCUGCUCUGUCAAGCUCCCAUUGGUUAUGCCCUCAGUUUGGUGGUCGGUGGAGUGUUCUUUGCCAACAAGAUGCGCUCCCUGGGGUAUGUGACAAUGCUGGAUCCACUGCAGGCAAAGUACGGCGAACGCAUGUGUGGCCUCCUCUUCAUUCCAGCUCUUCUGGGUGAAAUCUUCUGGUCCGCUGCUAUUCUUGCUGCUCUAGGUGCUACAAUAGCCGUAGUGAUUGGAAUCAACGGCACCAUUUCGGUCAUUGUAUCGGCGUGCAUCGCCAUGCUCUACACAUUGUUUGGAGGCCUCUAUGCUGUCGCAUAUACCGAUGUAGUUCAACUCUUCUGCAUUUUUGUUGCUCGUGGAGCUCAAAUGCUCAGCUAUAUGGCGUCAUUGGGGUGUCUAAUCAUGGCCAUUCCAUCGAUUUUGAUCGGAGCGGUAGCCGCCAGUACGGAUUGGUCAGCGACCGAGUACAAUGGCACGCUUGACAAUAUUAUAAUCCCAUCAGAACGAAAGCUGGUGCUACCACUGGUGCUGCAGUACCUCUGUCCACCAGCAGUUUCUUUUGUGGGUCUUGGAGCUAUUUCGGCCGCUGUCAUGUCCUCUGCCGAUUCCUCCGUCUUUUCUGCCGCUUCAAUGUUCGCCCACAAUGUGGUAAAAGCCCUCUUUCCCGCUACUUCUGAGCGUUGCAUUCUCUUCGCCAUGAAGGGCAGCAUCCUUGUCGUUGGUGGUUUUGCUUGCCUCCUUGGUAUCAUGAUCAAAUCUAUCUACGAUUUGUGGUUUCUCUCCUCCGAUCUUGUCUACGUCAUUCUCUUCCCUCAACUCAUAUCAGUCCUUUUCAUCCCCUUCACAAACACCUAUGGCUCUCUUGCUGGCUUCCUCGUCGGCCUAUUUCUGCGUCUAACCUCGGGCGAAAGGACGAUUGGUUUACCAGCACUUUUCCGCUAUCCCGGCUAUGACUACGAGGCAGGAUUACAGCGCGCACCAGUUAAGACGAUUGCGAUGUUGGGUAGUCUGGUGGUGAGUACUUUGGUCUCAUACCUCAUGCACCGACUGUGGUUGGCCGGAAAACUGGAGGGACGACGGGACUUCUUUCGAUGCAUGCGUCGGGAGGCGCAAGCACCGGUGAAUGGACACUCGAUUAUAAGUGACACCAAGGAGAUUGACGCAGUGAAGGCGGCGGAGGUGUCGAUCAAACAAAGGGAUGCUGUUGUGAAAGAGACGGAGCAGGAGAAGGAAGAGGAGGAUGAGGAGGAUGAGGAGGAGAGGGAGGCGGCUGAUGCUGGUGUUCCCCUUACCACAUUUGAAAAGGGAAAGACCAAGCCGACCAAACAUCCAACCGCCACCACACUCGAGGGUCUCCUCAUUGUGAGGAAGCGUUAUCGUAUAAAGACUUAUGAUGCCGUCCUAACACGGAGGAACGACUCUGGAAAAGUCAAGGACUGCGAAACAGACCUGAUGCGCACUUUCAUCUACACACACAACGACGCGGCACCUCUUAUCUCCCAAAAUCUCGGUUAA